GGCAGCCUUCCCAACACCCACCACAUCAUCCCUCUUCCUAUCUCUCUAUCUUUCCCUUUACUAAUUGCCCUCUCAAACAAACCGGUCUGAUUAUCCCAAUUUCUCGCCGUAGAGACAAGACAAGACAAGAUGGCCGUGGAACCUACGAAACCAGAAAUCGCUCAGAUCUUUGCCUUGCUGAAGAACCAAAAGGGCAACAAGAUGUGCUUCGAUUGCGGUGCUAAAAACCCAACUUGGAGUAGUGUUACUUUCGGAGUGUACAUCUGUCUAGACUGUUCGAGUGUUCAUCGAAACAUGGGAGUUCACAUUAGUUUUGUCCGAUCUACAAACUUAGAUCAAUGGUCAUGGGCGCAGUUACGGACGAUGAAAGUGGGAGGAAACGGUUCAUUCCAAGACUUCCUGAAUAAGCACCCGGGAGCGUUCUCGAGUUCAUCCGAUACGAAAGCGAAGUACUCCUCAAAAUCGGCGGAUCUAUACAAGGAGGAAUUGAAGCGACGAUGUCUAGCCGAUCAAGCCCAGCACGGCCCCGGGCCCGUAGUUUUCGAAGGCUUGACGCUCGCUUCGUCCGGGGCAGACUCGACGGCCGAUAAGAAGGAUGAUGAUUUCUUUGGCUCCUGGGAUAAACCGGCCUCUUCUACCCCCGCCGUGGUUGCCCCUUCUGCAACUAAACUGUCUGGUAUCGGCACCGGUGGACUCACUCCAAAUGGCUCCAAACCCACCUCUCGAACGACCUCCCCUAACCCUGCGGCCCCGGCCGCCCCGCGUACCGUCCAGUCUUCCACUCUUCGUGCCGCCACCUCAUCCAACUCCUCCGCACCCUCCAAGUCUAAGCUGGGAGCGACCAAGGUUGGUGCCACAAAAGUCAAACUAGGUGCUAAGAAAACCGGAGGGUCGAUCAACUUUGAGGAAGCCGAAAGGAAAGCGAAGGAGGAGGAGGAGCGAGUGAAGAAGCUUGGAUACGACACCAAAGCUGAACAACAGGCGCAAGAGAGCAAAGCGGCCUUCAAACCCAACGAGGUCAAACCAUCCACCUCUUCAACAAACGCACCAGAAACCUCUGCGAAGAACGUCGCCCAGGAUGAGCGGCUUGGAAUGGGCUUCAGGAAGUUGGGCUUCGGCCAGACCUUCGGUCUCUCCGGCGAAGAGGCCGCUUCUAUGGCCGAGAAACAGAAACGCGCCGCCGCGAAAGCUGCCUCCGGUUAUGUUGAACCCGAAACCGGUACCGUCGCUAGAGAAAGAUUUGGCAAUCAGAAAGCAAUAUCGUCGGAUAUGUUUUUUGAAAGGAACGAUUACGAUGCACAAGCAUCGACUGAAGCGAAGACUAGGUUGACGCAAUUCUCAGGAGCGACGGCGAUUUCGUCGAACCAGUACUUUGGACGAGAGGAUCAGAACGAGAUGUUAGACCAAGCCCAAGAAAGUAUCCUGGGCGUCGAUGGCUUACAGGGCUUAGAACAGGGCGCAAGAGAGCUCGCUAAGUCGGCUAUGAAAGCUGCCGGUUAUAAUAAUAUCAAUGAGUUGCAGGACGGCUUGCGUUCAGGAGCUAUGAAGCUCGCAGACUAUUUGGGUGAUCUUUCUCAGCGAUAUGCCUGAAUAUUUUUUCCCCCCUUGGCUAUCAUCCUCUUUCAUUAUUGAGAGAGACACUCUAUUUUCUUUUUCUGGUCCAUUAUCAUCCAAAACGAGUCUCAGCACUUAAAUGACCUGUUUUUUUAGUUUGAAAGGUGGUCAACCAAGGUUGGACAUCUGGCAGGAUAUUAAAAUCUCAUGAAGUUUCUUCUUCUAGUGUUCUUCAUUACAGCAGUAAUCAAUUCUCAGUGAACAUGUUUUGUUUUGUUUUUCCUAUCACAGUAGAUUCAUUUUUUUUUCUCAUGAUAUUGUUCCCACUUCAUCCUUUCCUACUGAUCCUCAAGACUUCAUCUCCAAAUCAUCUGCCUUUUUUUUUCUUCUCUUUUCUGGUUUCACAAAAAUCACACAUGAGUUAUUGGCCGUUGAGUGAGACUUAGUCUCCAUUGCAUUUUAUUCCUCUUUCCUUGUUUCUUUUCUCCUACGUUUUUCCCCUUGUUGGAUCACUCUACUUCUGCUUUGGAUUAUCAGUUGUGAAUAUGAUGUGUGUGUGUGUGUAAAAGGUAUAAAAACAUAGAUUGGUUGAACUCCAACCAAGUUUAAAUUGGUUGAGUGCAUCCAAGUCAAAUUGGGAUAACCCCAA